UGACUGUUUACAAGCCUCUUCUAAAAAGAAAGUGGUGCGCAUUUCCUCUUCCCUACAACAGUAUGGCCUCACAGCUGCAGGUGUUCUCUCCUCCAUCAGUAUCUUCGAGUGCCUUCUGCAGUGCCAAGAAACUGAAAGUGGAGCCCUCUAGCUGGGAUGUUUCAGGACCGAGCAACAGUGACGAAUAUUACAGUCACAGCAAAAAUCUCCCAGGUGCGCAAGGGCCAGCAAGCUCCUCUCAUCAGGUAGCAAACUUCAGCAUCCCUGCUUAUGACCAGAGCCUCCUCCUCCCUGCUCCUUCGGUUGAGCACAUUGUGGUCACAGCAGCAGACAGCACAGGCAGCGGUGGAACAACAUCUUUCCAGAACAGCCAGGCCCUAACACACAGGGGCAACAUUUCUUUGCUGGAACCGUAUCAAAAAUGUGGAUUAAAAAGGAAAAGUGAAGAGGUUGAUAGCAACGGUAGUGUGCAAAUCAUUGAGGAACAUCCACCUCUCAUGCUGCAAAACAGACCUGCGGUGGGUGCUGCGGCCACGACCACCACUGUGACGACUAAAAAUAGCAGUUCCAGUGGUGAGGGGGAUUACCAGCUGGUUCAGCAUGAAAUCCUUUGUUCGAUGACAAACAGCUAUGAAGUUUUGGAGUUCUUGGGCCGAGGGACCUUUGGACAGGUGGCAAAAUGCUGGAAGCGCAGCACUAAGGAGAUUGUUGCUAUCAAAAUCCUGAAAAACCAUCCUUCCUAUGCCAGGCAGGGGCAGAUUGAAGUUAGUAUCCUUUCUCGGCUUAGCAGUGAGAAUGCUGAUGAAUAUAACUUUGUCCGCUCAUAUGAGUGUUUUCAACAUAAAAACCACACAUGCCUGGUGUUUGAGAUGCUGGAGCAAAACUUGUAUGACUUCUUAAAGCAGAACAAGUUCAGCCCUCUGCCUCUGAAAUACAUUCGGCCCAUUUUGCAACAGGUGGCCACUGCCUUGAUGAAGCUUAAAAGUCUGGGUCUGAUACAUGCUGACCUGAAGCCUGAAAACAUCAUGUUAGUUGAUCCUGUGCGCCAGCCAUACAGGGUGAAGGUUAUAGACUUUGGCUCUGCUAGUCAUGUGUCAAAAGCUGUGUGUUCCACUUACCUGCAAUCACGCUAUUACAGAGCCCCUGAAAUAAUUUUGGGUUUACCGUUUUGUGAAGCUAUUGAUAUGUGGUCGUUGGGCUGUGUGAUAGCUGAGCUGUUUCUUGGUUGGCCUCUGUAUCCGGGAGCUUCAGAAUAUGAUCAGAUUCGCUAUAUUUCACAAACUCAAGGCCUUCCAGCAGAGUAUCUUCUGAGUGCAGGCACGAAAACAAGCAGGUUUUUUAACAGAGAUCCGAACUUGGGAUACCCACUGUGGAGACUGAAGACUCCAGAAGAACAUGAGUUGGAGACGGGAAUAAAAUCAAAGGAGGCUCGGAAGUAUAUUUUCAACUGUUUGGAUGACAUGGCACAGGUAAAUAUGUCUACAGACUUGGAAGGAACAGACAUGUUGGCAGAGAAGGCUGAUCGAAGAGAAUAUAUUGAUUUGCUAAAGAAAAUGUUGACAAUUGAUGCAGAUAAGAGAAUUACUCCGCUGAAGACUUUGAACCAUCAGUUUGUGACAAUGAACCAUCUACUGGAUUUCCCACACAGCAACCAUGUGAAAUCAUGCUUCCAGAACAUGGAGAUUUGCAAGCGAAGAGUUAACAUGUAUGACACAGUUAAUCAAAUCAAGAGCCCUUUCACGACACAUGUGGCACCAAACACAAGCACAAAUCUCACAAUGAGUUUCAACAACCAGCUUAAUACUGUGCACCAUCAGGCUAGUGUAUUGGCUUCCAAUUCUACUGCUGCUGCUACUCUAUCUCUGGCAAAUUCUGAUGUUUCUCUGCUCAAUUAUCAGUCUGCUCUGUACCCGUCAUCUGCUGCACCAGUUGCUGGUGUGGCACAACAAAGUGUUUCUUUACAGCCUGGAACCACACAGAUCUGCACUCAGACAGACCCAUUCCAACAAACUUUCAUUGUCUGUCCACCUGCCUUUCAAACUGGUCUUCAGGCUACAACAAAGCAUUCUGGAUUCCCUGUCAGGAUGGACAAUGCUGUUCCAAUUGUGCCACAGGCACCAGCAGCUCAGCCACUGCAGAUCCAGUCAGGAGUUCUCACACAGGGAAGCUGUACACCACUAAUGGUAGCAACUCUUCAUCCUCAAGUAGCCACCAUCACGCCGCAGUAUGCGGUGCCCUUUACUCUGAACUGCGCAGCCGGCCGGCCAGCGCUAGUAGAACAGACGGCUGCAGUACUGCAGGCCUGGCCUGGAGGGACCCAACAGAUCCUGUUGCCAUCUACCUGGCAACAGCUUCCAGGAGUUGCACUGCACAACUCUGUCCAGCCUACAGCUGUUAUCCCAGAGACAAUCGGAAGCAACCAGCAAUUAGCUGACUGGAGGCCUGCAUCUACCCUGGAGGCAGUUCCAACUCAAGUCUACUCACUGAUAGGGAGCAGCCCUCUGCGAGCCGCAUCUUCUUCCUCCAGUGCUCUCCUUCCAGGGCAGGAACAGCACCAGCCCAUAGUUAUUCCAGACACUCCUAGUCCCCCGGUCAGCGUAAUCACCAUCCGCAGUGACACCGAUGAAGAAGAAGACAAUAAAUACAAGCCUGGAAGUUUGGGUAUGAAGCAGAGGUCCAAUGUCAUCAGCUACGUUACAGUGAAUGAUUCCCCUGACUCAGACUCCUCGCUGAACAGCCCCUAUGCAUCAGAUGCACUUUCCACGCUCAGGAGCUCUGGGGCAGCAAUGGAGCCAAACAGAGGGGCAGCUGAAAGCUCUAGCUCCCGUACCAUUAUUGUGCCUCUGAAAACACAGCUCAGUGACUGUAUCGUAGCCACCCAAGCCUCAGGUGUCCUGAGUAGCCUGAGCAAGACCAAGCCAGUGGCCUCUGUAAGUGGGCAGUCUUCAGGAUGCUGUAUCACACCUACAGGAUAUCGGCAGCACCGGGUGGUGACAAAUGGUGUACAGCCACUCAACCUUAGCCAGAACCAGCAAGCAACUGUACUGGCCUCACAGGAGAGAAGCGGGAACCCAGCUCCACGUAGACAGCAGGCUUAUGUUGCUCCCCUGCCAACAACAAUUGCUCAGGCUCCCUACACCUUCCAGCACAGCAGCCCGGUACAUCCCCACUUGGCAGCAGCAACAGCAAGCCAGCCUCACAUGUAUACCUACGCACCGACUACUGCUGCCACACUAGGUUCCACCAACUCUAUUGCGCAUCUCUUUUCCCCUCAGGGCUCCUCCAGGCAUACCACCUAUGCGACACACCCAAGCACUCUCGUGCACCAGGUCCCAGUCAGUGUGGGACCUAGCUUGCUGACAUCUGCCAACGUAGCACCUGCUCAGUAUCAACAUCAGUUUGCUACCCAGUCCUACAUUGGUGCUUCCAGAGGAUCUGCUAUUUACACUGGAUACCCACUGAGCCCUACCAAGAUUAACCAGUACUCUUACUUGUAGCUUUUGGGGCAGAGAUCGGUGGUAGCUGUUUGCAUCUUGGUCGUAGAAAUGAAGAGAUCUGCAAUGGGUUUUGAAAUAUCCUGUCAGCUCCUCAACAGUACCACUGUGUAAUCAGAGGAGGAGAACAGGGGGCCACCUCACUCUUGUUGACUGUGCCCUUUAUGGUCCUCAGAGUCUGUACAAUUGGUGAUGCCCUGCUGUUUGGGGGUGGGGGGGGGAGCUUGGGCACUGACCGGGCAGAACCUUUUGGAUCAUAUUCAAAUUUAAAAUUUACAGUUAAUUUUUAUGGAUGCUUUAUUAAAACAACAUCAAAGGCCUGAAUCCCCAUUCAUUUAUUCUGUUUAUGUUAAUCAGAGGGGGAAAAGAAAUCAAGGACUCUUUGAAAAGGCUGGGUUUCUUUCUGUAACUCUUAUACUUACCUAGUAUUUGUUUAAAUUAUUAUUUUAGCAGCUUGCACAAAUCCAUAUUGCCACUAAAAAUGCACAUUUAACUCUAGGUUGCUAGGGCAGAUUUAUAAACUUGAGUUAGUAUUUUAUAGUUCAUUUUGUAAUUCACAUUUUGAUAGGCAAUAGCUGAAUUCUGCAAAAAGCAGUUAUUUCCCCCUCCCCCUCCUCAGUGUGUAUAUAUGUAUAUCUUGCUCCCCAGUUUCUUGGUUUUAAUUAUUUUCUUGUUUUGCUUAAGGCUAAAGCAGGAGGGAGCUAUAAUAGUUAAUUUUAUGUUUGUAGUUCCCAUUUCAACCUUAACACUUUCUUUCUUAUAAUAUCUGAGUCUCCAAAAUAAAUUUGAGGGUUAUUUUGUUUUUUUUAAAUUGCAUAUAAUAUGAAUUUCCUUUCAGUUGUAUGCAAGAAAACAGUAUAUGAUAUGGUUUGAUUCUUUUGCCAGUUCCUCAGCAAAAAUGCACAGACCUGUGUUUUUUGCAAGCAAAACUCACUGGGAAUGGCUCCUGAUUAUUGAAAUGAGUAAUAGCUGUUUAUUGAUCAUUCAUUUCAGUAGACUUAAUCAGGAGGAGAGCCCACUGGAUUGUAUCCUUUCAGUAUUUUAAAAAAUUAAAUAAUAGUUGCCGCUGGAUUCCUUUUUUCCAGAAAUGCAGGGAUCUCCUUCCCUUCAUGUCUUUUUUUGCCUGGUCAAUUUAGUUAAGGUAUCCAAAAUUCACUGAAAGGUCAACCUGCUGACAUGUACAAUUUUUUAUACUCCUACAAGCAUACCCUUCUGGGAUUUUGUUGGCAACAAACUUUAAAGCGCUCUUAAUAAGACUUGUAUACAGUAAGUGCAUGUGGGAAUUGCAAAACAUGACACACAAAUUCCAGAUUUUAAAAGUUUAUUACUGAAUUUAAAACUAUUUUAGAAGUUUUGUAAUGGUGGUGUUUUAAUAUUUUACAGAAAAUGAAAUAUUGUACAUAUUCAAAAUAUAACAAGCAAAAUUUCCUGCU